CAUCGCAACCUGCACUUGUCAGCAACAAGUACGAAGCCAGUUCAACAUCAAUUGGCUUCUAACUCCGCAAUGCCGGGGGAGCGCAUUGUUUUUGAUGGACUUUGGCGAUGUUUAUGCCCCUCAGUAGAUAUAACGACUCUCUCGAGAUUAAUCGAACCCCUCCGUAGCCCUCCACGACGACCGGUUCUCUCUUCCCGCAGCCACACUUCAAUCACCGAUAGACAGAGUCGGCGAGGAUUCCGUCGCGUUGCUACUGGCGCCCUGAUCAACCAACAACCUAAUAACGAGUCGGUCGAAGAAGCGCACAUCCAAUAUCUCAAACGAAUAGCGAAGCGAAGCCCAUGGAUUCCCGGAGUUCUCUUCGGGAGAGUCGGUGCCUUUGCUACCAAGCUCGAUACGAUCCCAACCAAAACCAUAUAUACCGCCCUCAGAGAGCUUUCAAACGCCACUGGCACCUAUUCAUCAACUAUAACACUAAUCGAAUACCUAAUAACAGAGAGGAAAGAAAGGCCAAAUGUCAUGCUUUAUGAGAGCCUCAUAAGGGCAAAUGUUGAUAGAAAUCAUGGAUCCGCAGCCAUUGCAGGCCAACUCCUUGAGGAAAUGGAGAAGUUGCAGAUCCCGAUUACGCCGCAAAUUUAUCAGGCCCUCUUAGAAGUAACAGCCGUACAUCCCGACUAUGUUCUUAGAAAUAAGGUACUAUUCGAGAUGAGAAAUCGAUGGCAGUCACAGACAUCUGACAGCCUGAUCAAUAUCAUCAUUGGCUUGUUAAGGGAUAAUCAGUAUGAGCUUGCGCUUGAAAGAUUAGAGGAAAUGCAUAAAGAUCCAGUUACCGUCCCAACUUGGUUAUAUGAUGUUUUCCUUUACGUAUUUGGGGACCUAGGUUUUCACGAUGAGACACUUUCGAUCCUCAAACAUCGAUUCAAAGUCGCAAACAUAUCUCACGAGCCCCUGUCACCAAACGUAUGGCAAUUUCUCCUUGAUGUAUUCAGUAGAGACGCCUACUACGAGGGGAUCAAAUACAUAUGGGAUCGUUCAGUAUCCCGCGGGGAUUCAACGCCUCCAGAUGGCGUCAUCACGAAUAUAGUCAACGCUGCGGCAAACCAUAUGGACGCCACCUUGGCCAUAAGUGCAAUUCAAAUGCUCUCGAAUCGCGGCCGGAAACUCGAGUUACAUCAUUACGAACCUCUCGUGGAUAUCCAUGUCCACCAGGGAGAUAUCCGAAGAGCUUUCAUGGCAUUAUGCAUCAUGGCUAAGGCAGGCUUACGUCCCGAUCUCUCUAGCACGCGGUCUAUUUUCCGCGUGCUACGCGAGUCGUCUGAGAAGACUGACAACGCUAUGGGGUUACUCGAUGAACUAAGGUCACAGCGCAAUAUUCCCAUUGCCGCGUUCAACGUUGUUUUGGAGGCUACCAAAUUGCACCACGGGUUCAAAACAGCUUUAGACUUAUAUAGGAGUGUGCGCCGUAUCUGUGACGAGCGGCCAGAUCUCGAAACGUAUCAUAUUCUCUUUGCACACUGCACGAUGAGAAAAUCCAUGAAUUUCUUGUUCGCGGAGAUGGAGGCUUUCUCUAUUCAACCUACUCAGACCACCUACAAUCAUCUAAUUCGAAUUUCCUGCUUGCAAGAUAAUUACGAGCAAGCCUUCCAAUUCCUUGAGAAGAUGAAAACGAGCAAAACGGCGGGUAUAUCCAAUAAUUGGUGGAUGGGCAAAGCUUCGGCCCUAGCACUUAUUAGACGGUGUAUCCAAGCAGAGGAUAUCAGGGCACAGGAACUUAUCGAGGAAUGCCGUAGGCGCGGGAUUUCUAUCGAUGCUGAGGUGGAGGAAUUACUUGAGCGUGUUCAGAAGCUUAGGGAACAUAGUGAAGUAGAUGCGGGCGCUGCCGCCGAGGAGACUUCACCCACGGAGCCAUCGAGGAGUGUCCAGAGCCCAAAACUUGGCGCGAUGGAGAGCUGGGCUUAGGGUAACUUAACAAAAAUAAAUUCAGAUUCACGACUACUUUGACGUUGAUAGCAUAGCUAUUUCAAUGCAUUGUGAUAGCCCUUCCUAAACGAAUCCAUUUAAUUUGGGAAUUACCAUAUUCUGAAGCAAUGCUUGCGCCAAGUCAGAAAUAUAAUUCUCUCAACCUAGAAUAUAUCGUAUAUACGUUCUCUUAUAUAGUAGGUCAAAUACCUAAUUGCUUUACCC